CAUUCACAUGUGUAACAAACAAGUGCCUGCUGCUAUAGAGAAGACGUGCCAAUUAUUUUUCCCCCAUUUAGUGCAAACAUAGUUUCUGUCUAUCGCGUGCUAACAGUGACAAAUAAUCAAAUUGGAACCGUAACCUUGGUACAGAAAUCAAUCGCUUCAAGUUUCUUCACCUCAUAAUUGCACAGAAACUAAGCAUGUCUCUGAAGUUGCUUUUCGCGUUCUUGACAUUUGAUGUAAUUGUACUGACAGUAUCCGAAAUCGAUUUAUUUCCAUCACGAACCUACUGCGGGUUCCAACAUUCUGACGAUUAUGUAAGGGACAACCCUGGAAUUUCCCUAGACGAAUUUCCAUGGAUUGCACAGUUGUUGUACGACGAGGAUAAAAUCAUAAAAUGUGUUGGAUCUUUGAUUAACCAUCGUUAUGUGCUGACAGCUGCACAUUGCUUGAAGAUGAAUAAUCUACAAAUGACAGGAGUCCGAUUGGGUGACUAUGAUGUAACGACAGAUAAAGAUUGCGUGAAUGGCACACUAUUUGGUGAAGAAUGUAGUGAUCCCGCUGUAGUAUAUGGUAUUGAGGAACUGAUCCCGCAUCCAAGUUUUAGUAGGCGUACUGCUGAAAACGAUAUUGGACUAAUCCGGCUGUCCAGAAAUGUAGAAUAUUCUGAGUACAUACGCCCGAUAUGUCUUCCGACAGUUAACUCCAAGUUGGAAGACGGAGUGCAACUGGCAGUAUCGGGCUGGGGAAUUACGGAAUCUCGGGGCGAACCAACCAAGAUAAAAAAGAAAAUUUCAGCACAUUUACUUCCCCUAGGCACGUGUCGUGCAUAUUUCACGAGCUCUAGACGAUCUCUUACCACAGACCAUUUGUGCGUGUCAGAAGGCAUGAAUAUAUUCACUUGUCAAGGUGAUAGUGGAGGUCCCUUAAUGCUACCUGUAAGAAAUCAGUGGGAAGCGAUUGGACUGGUUUCAUUUGGGAUUGGAUGUGGAGACGAUUUUCCUGUUGUAUAUACAAAAGUAUCGAGCUAUUUAGAUUGGAUUAAACAAAAUGUUCAUAAAUAAUAUAUAUUUGUGGUAAAACGGUAAAUUAUUGUGUAGACAUUUCAAUAAUUUUAGUUUAACAUGAAUAUUUGUUAAACAGUUAA